GCCGAAGAAAAGUCUCAAUUUACGUGCUUACGGUUGUAGUACAAACGACUAAUACUAAAGAAGUACAUGUUAUGUUUAAAGACGAAAUUAAUACAAGCAAUGUAAACUGAUAAACGCGCUUUGAAACGUCUGGUGAACGACGUAAAAUGAGCGCGCAUGCGUCAACAUCUGCAGCUGCCAAUGAAGCGAGAGGCAGAAGAAGUGCUGAAGAUGUGGAAUACUCCAAAACACACUUCAGAGUUUGUCGCUUUAUCACCGAGACGGGGGUGAAGCUGGGCAUGAGAUCUGUGCCCAUGGCUACUGCAUGUGUGCUGUAUCAUAGGUUCUUCCAGUCUGCCAGUUUGCAGAUCUAUGAGCCUUAUCUAGUGGCCAUGUCUGCCAUCUACCUCGCAGGCAAAGUGGAAGAGCAGCAUCUCAGGACCAGAGAUAUCAUCAAUGUCUGUCACAGGUAUUUUCAUCCAGAUAGUGAACCACUAGAACUUAAUGGGAAGUUCUGGGAGUUGAGGGACAGCAUUGUGCAAUGUGAGCUCCUCAUCCUUCGACAGCUGAACUUUCAAGUGACCUUUGAGCAUCCACACAAGUACCUGCUGCACUACCUGCUCUCCGUAAGAAGUCUCCUGAACCGCCAUGCCUGGUCUCGAACCCCCAUUGCAGAGACAGCUCUGGCUGUAUUAAAAGACAGUUACCAUGGCUCUGUGUGUGUUCGCCAUCGGCCUCAACACCUCGCCCUCACCGCCCUCUAUCUUGCUCUCCAGACAUAUGGAGUGCAGCUCCCCAGAGGAGAACUAGAAUGGUGGCAGGUUGUUUGUGCAGACAUCACCAAGGCUCAAAUUGAGACCAUCAUGAGUGAAUUACUGCAGCUCUACGACAUGGAGGCCAAGUGUACCUGAGAGAAAAAAAUAAUAAUCAAACUGGUACUAAAACGCUGACAUGGAAACCCACACACUUAUCUGUACAUAUUGCACAGACGUUUCGUGACGAUGGUCUACACAAUCACUGAAGCCUCUUUUUACCGACAUUGUGAUGUGGCCAAAUGUGCUGUACAUUUUAAUUGCAUAACCGAAUAUCAAUGUUUAGAAAGUCUCUGCUAGAAUGAAGAAUGAUGUGGGGGAUUUAAGUGGCUGUAUGAAAACCAGACUUAAGCCACACCACAUCAAUCAAUUCACAGCCACCGACCUACUUUCUUCUCUUACCUUGUGCUGUUUUUCCUCCUGAAGAGGGGGAGAGAAAUUACAAAAGAGGUGAAAUAGCUGCUAUAAGGAAGAAUGAAACAAAAGAAGAUUCCUCCUGUCCCCUGAGCUAAACUGUAAGGUAAAGCGGCUAGAUCUGGGCCAUUUCGUUUAUAUUUUCAAAUUUAAUUACUGUCCUCCUCUCCCUACAGAACUUGUCCCAGUAGACUUGUUUUAUGUAACUCCCUGAAGCAGUAUUACUGUAUGCUGUAAAGCAAAGCACUAUCAUUUUAUUACUGCAAAACUUCAAAAACAAAACUUUACCAAUCAAUAAUUUUUUCUCAGCUAACAAUGAACAUGAACUGACAGGCAGGUUUGUAUUUUACAAUAUAAUAAUUCCUAAUAAACCAUUUAUUUGCAUGAAUGCAUUUUCAAAAUAGCACCUGAAAAUAGACUUUCUUUUAAUUUUUUAUUUCCCCCCAUCUAUGAUGUUCUACUUCAAAUUUCUGGAUCUAGUUAGGUCAGGACAUCGCUCUGGAGUGGAUCUUAAUAAGUUACUAUGGCAACUGCUAUUGUGGAGGGAGCCUUUGAAACAUACAAAUGUGAAACUCCAUUAUAGCACACCUGUCAACCUCAGCACAUCAAAUAAUUGCGGUCGGGAAAAUGUACUAAUUUUGCCAUUAUUCACCAAAAGCAGCCGUUUCCCCUGUAGCUAAUUGAAUUGUGUUGACCGGUGACUGCAACUGCUUUUUAAGAGAUCACUUAGCUUUAGUUUACGCUCUGUGCAACUUUAAUCUGCUGUGUUGUAAAAAUCUGUUAAAUUUAGUCCAUUCAUUUACUACAGAAUGUUUCAGACAUUGGCAUUUAUUGGCGUAAAUUGAUCAUCUCUAAAGUUUUGUUAAUGGUUUAUUAAAAGGGUAAAGAUGGCUUGAAAUCAAAAUUUACUCUUCUUAUUUUUAUAUAGUAAUGGUGUUAUGGGUGAUGUAUCUGUUCACUUCAUUAUACAGCAUGGAAGAGCAAGGAUAACAUUGAAAAACUUUGUGACUGUGUUCUUCUGACAGAAAAGAAAGUUGUAUACACCAAAAA